CAUGAUGAAAGCAUGUUCUAUGUCAAUGAUCAGAGGAAGUCAAAAUGGGUGCACAAAAACAUAAGUGCUACUCCAUACACAAAAGGGGAAGAAGAGGCUUCUCUGAUGGUUACUGACUUCAUGUCAGCAGAUCAUGGCUGGUUGCAAUCACCUGAUGGAAAAGAGCCAGCAUGA